AUGGGUAACUUUUUUGUGGAUUUAUGGGAGUCCAUUUUUACCCCCGGCACUACUCCGACCCUGGUCAAGGCCACCCACGGCUCGUUUGUGCUGUUGAUCCUAUCUCUGCUUUUCCUCAUCUGGAACGCUCUGAACAUCCACACCGUGAUGCUGCUCAUCAUUGCGCUGUGUUUGUGGGGCACUUUGACCUGGUUCAUUUCCGAAGUCGCCAAACUCAAGAAGGAGGGUAAGCUCAAGACCGACAAGGAGCUGAAGGAAGAGGCCGAGGCCAAGGAGUCCAAGAAGGAGCAAUAA